UGCAGUUUGUUUUUGCCGGGAGAGGUCGCAUGCUUUAACGCGGCUAUGAGUCUUUCUUGCGAACUACAAGGAAGCGACCUCUUCUCGGUCUUGUAGGAACAUCUAAAACUGUUAACAUCAAGCGAGCCUUCGGAGGAAGAUCGUCCAGGUCUUAUAAAUGCGUAACUGCGCUUUUUCCAGCGGGUGUUUUGGUUCCGUCCCGUCGAGGAAUAGUGGCAUACUAAAUAAUGGAGGAUUUCUUGCUGAAGGAAGACCAGGAAGUGAUACAUUAAAGUAAAGGAAAGCGCACAUAUUAGAGACCCAGCCUGACACAGAAGAGCUGCAUACACCCUACCAUGUCUACAGAGAUGAUGAUGCAGUCCUGCCUCAUGGACCGGAGCAGCAGCUUUUUUAAGAAAACACUCCUGUAACAUCUCUCCUCUGUCAUCAGUUUAGAUGAUCCUACAGUGGAAUGUGCUGAUUGACACAUUCUCCACGGAGAUCUCAGAGCUAAAGCAGGAGAUGGUUCUGCCAGCCAGAGAGCCGGAGACCGAGAUCUUACAGGGUCUGGAAGGAGAGGUCAGCGGCCUUUUCCUUCAGUCUUCUGCCUGCGCUGGUACACCUGGGGUGAGGGAUUCUGGAUAUGACUCUCUACGCAGACGCAUGAGCAUCCUGGACAGACUGAUGCAGACACACUCUGUAUGGUUGUUACUGUCUCUCAGUGAUGAGGAAGCCAGACGCAUUCUGCAGCCACAGCCGGCAGGGAGUUUUGUGGUGAGGAGGUGUUAUAAACUGCAGAAAAAGGUGAUUUCCCUACGUAUGGACAGUGACACACUGAUUGUUCGGGACUUCCCAGUUAAAGAGAGCCAAUAUACUUUUUCUCUGGAGGGCUCAGGGAUCAGCUUUGCAGACCUCUUUCGACUGGUGGCGUUCUGCUGUAUCAGCAGGGACGUUCUGCCCUUCACACUGAAGCUGCCCGAGGCCAUCGCGGCUGCAAAGACCCCUAAAGAUCUGGAAGAGGUGGCCCAGUUAGGAAGAAGUUUCUGGGACUCUGAACUGUGCAAUAAGAGGAAGUCUUCUGUGUCUGGGGAGACUGAGUAUGAAAUUUCACAACACAGACUAAAACAGUGGUUAUCCCCAAGAGUUCCGGCCAUCCCAUUUACACGGACCCCUUCUGAACUUGAAUGCAGUCAAUCCAACGGAGCGCUGUGCUUCAUCAAUCCCCUCUUCCUGCAGACACACCAAACUAAACCUUCACCUAAAAAGCAGGAAUCAUCCCCAGACAAGAACAAGAACAGGGAAGACAGCAUCUUUUGCAGCGGAAAAAGCACACAAAACAAAUCACACGCAAGUGUGAGUAGAUCCAAAAGCGAGAGAUCGCCGCCACCUCGGCCCCCACCUCCCCGCUUUGCCUCUGGGAGAUCAGCAGUUCUUCGUAAACAGAAGACCAUGCCUGAGACGGUCUGUUGGAUCAAAACCCCUCAGGAAAAGAGCAGCCUGCUGGGGAGGCUGGGAUCAUCCUUCAGUUCCCUAUCACCCUCAUCCUCCCCACCCAAAAAGUUCAGUAAACCCAUCCUGGUGCCCACAUCCCGCAGUAAGAAUUCCUCCGGUCUGCUCGAUGCAGACGGCCUCCGCUGCCACAUGGCCCUGGACGACCAGACCAUUGAGGAAGCCGUGUCUUGGAGCUUGGCCAAGCUGUCCUCACGCAACUCCACUGCCCUGGAGAACGGCAGCCCUGCAGAUGAGCGCUGCUCCACCGGACGAGAGCGUCUGAGUGAUAUCAGCAUCUCCACCUCAUCCUCAGACUCUCUCGACUUUACCCACAGCUUCUCGAUGCCCAUGGAGGCCAGUCCUUCUAGAACCGAGCGGCCCACUGGGGACAGCAGCCUAGAAGAGGAAGAAGAGGAAGAAGACGAUGGCAUUAACUUGGAGAGCGACCAGGAGGUGCCACCACCCUUCAAGUCAAAGAAGCAGAAUGGCGCUGGUACGUUCGUGCUGCCUCGUGCCCUGAGAGGACAAUUACGCAAGAUGAGCAGCGUUCUCAAUUCUUUAAUGACGCCCGAAAAGAGAGCCAUUCGGAAGAUUGUCGAGCAAUCCAGGGAUAAAGGGACUUACUUUGGCUGCCUGGUGCAGGACUAUGUGAGCUUCUUGCAGGAGAACCGUGGCUGCCACACAUCAGGCCUCGACCUGUUGCAGACUCUCAGGCAGUUUAUGACUCAGAUGAAGUCCUACCUGCUGCAGAGCUCAGAGCUUGACCCGCCAAUUGAGUCCCUUAUCCCAGAGGAUCAAAUAGAUCAGGUGAUGGAGAAAGCCAUGCACAAGUGUGUGCUGAAGCCUCUGAAGCCUGUGAUAGAGGCCGCUCUGCGGGACUUCCAGGUGAGCAGUGGGACUUGGCAGCAGCUGAAGGAGAAUCUGGUUUUGGCCAAAGCCAAGCAGCCCCAGGAGAUGGGUGUGGAUGGAGCUCUGCCUCCUGACCCCGUGGCCAUAGAAAAGAUUCGCCACAAGUUCCACAACAUGUGCAAGAUGUACUCACCAGAGAAGAAAGUGUCUCUGCUCCUCAGUGUGUGCAAGCUCAUUUACACCAUAAUGGAGAGCAACUCAGGAAGGAUGUAUGGCGCAGAUGACUUCCUGCCCAUGCUUACGUAUGUGAUGGCCCAGUGUGACAUGCCACAACUGGACGCUGAAAUAGAGUACAUGAUGGAGUUACUGGACCCAUCACUGCUUCAUGGAGAAGGAGGCUAUUACCUGACCAGUGCAUAUGGGGCGAUGUCCCUCAUCAAGAACUUCCAGGAGGACCAGGCAGCUCGUGUGCUGAGCUCUGAGACCCGUAACACACUGCACCAGUGGCACCGUAGACGCACGACACAGCGAACUGCUCCAACUGUGGAUGAUUUCCAGAAUUACUUGCGGGUGGCGCUGCAAGAUGCAAGCAGCGGCUGCACAGCAAAAACCCUUCAGGUGCAACCGUACGCCACAACAGAGGAAGUGUGUCAGAUAUGCGCGAUCAAGUUUAAAAUUUCGGACCCGGAGAACUACGCCCUUUUCCUUCUGAUGGAUGAAACCACACAGCAGCUGGCCCCGGACACUCACCCGCAGAGGAUCAAGGCCGAACUGCACAGCCGCCCGCAGCCACAACUCUUCUACUUCGUGUACCGCCAGAUACAAAACCUCACUGUCCCUUCAGACCAGCCCAAUGACAACACCUCACCCAACUGACAGAGCAAACCUGGUUUCCAUCAGGUCCUCUCGAAACUCCUUCUCAGCCACAUUUAUUCAACUUCUUCCCUAGGAGCACUGCUUAUGUCUGCAAUGCUUUGAAAAAAAAGUUGGAGGGAAGCGGAAUAUGUGCUUAGAGGGAAAUAGGGAAGGAAGGAUGUGUCUGACAGAUGCAGCGUUUUUUUAUGCACCGUCUUCACUAUUUUCACAACAUUUUGGGAAGUGGCACGCGACCAUCACGAGAGAGCAGCCGUACUCAAACUGCGAAUGUUACAGUGUGCCUGUUUAUUUCUUCAUGAAUAUUCAAACACAUUCAGGUCAGCAGAGAGGAAAAGGAGCAUUUUAGUGUUAAUGGUGUUUAUCUAAGCUUUGCACAUUCCACAUCGAACACACUCUAGAAUUGUGCCUCCCAGAAUUCUACACACCCAUCCUUCAGCAUUCAUUCAGUUACAUGGACAUCUCAGUCCCUAAGGACACUGUGGAUAACUGUUUGCUGAUGUAAACCUUUUUGUUGUUGUUGUUGUUAUUUGCAGUUGCUGGUAAACUGCAUUCUUUUUAUAUAAGAUUUAUUGUUAUGAUAUUGCAUGAAUUUCUGUGAUGAUAAGAACCAGGCAUUGUUGCCAGUGAUGUUUUAUCAUAUUGUUUUUGUAUGAAUUAAGAUCAUUAAGUUUUGUUAAAGUCAUCGGUAGUAAUGGAGGUAGUGGAAAUGGUGAGGUUUGUUCUAAAAUACUGUACUACUGACAAGCUAAACAUUUAGGGCUUGUGGUAAUCUGGAUCUCUGUUGUACUCAUUUUGGAUUUGACUUGCAGACAAAGGGUUUUGGCAGGUAGGACAAGUGGAAAGAUCAGUGGAAAGUAAGAAAAAAAUAAGAAAUAAAGGACGUGGAUGUUUUAAGCAGGUUUAGAGUCAUUGGUAGAAAAUGUCAACGAACAGAAAUGUUUUUUUUUUGUCACUGUAAAGUGCUAUCAGGGAAAACCGAGAUGGAUAAGUCACAUAGAGAAAAAUAGUUCUUUAACAUUCAUAACUAUACUCAUAACCUCUUAACUGCAAUAACUUACCAAGUAUUUCAUGCUCUACUAAUGUACUUUAUGUUUGCAUGUUUUGAUGUAAACUCGGGGCAUUGUUUUGUUUUUUUUGUUUUGUUUUUAAGAGACCAGGGUGCUGAAAUGCUCUAAUCCCGUGUAACAAUAAUAUAGAAACACUAGUCACAUCUGAAACACAAACUACAUGUUUCAAGUCGUGAAAUGUAUUUUAACAAGAUAUUUUAAGUCUGUUAAAUGUAUACAUAUUUAUAUGCAAUCUGUGCAGGAAUUUUUCACAGAUUUGAAAAGUCUUGAUUCAAAAAUGUUGUGUAUUCAUUUGGAAAAAAAAGCUCAUCCUCAUUCUUUAGUAAGUUCUAUGUAUUUGACUUUUUAAAUGUACUCUUUUGCACAAUAAAUUGAUGUUGAACAUUUA